CCUGGAUUUAUGCUGUAGCGUUGCUUAUGCUGCUUCUAGCCGCCGUGGCUCUAUUCUGUUGUUGCGGGAUUUUAUUUUUUCUUCGCCGCCCAUCAACCUCACGCUUACCGAGGACAAUCAUGGCUCGGACAGAGAAACCGUUCUUCAGGAUCGCGUACAGCCUCUACACCAGGACACGGUUGGGCUACAUGUUCUAUAAACGGCAGCUAAAGAAAGCACGAGAACGGUAUCCGAACGGUCACUCAUCAGCACAGUCCAUUGUUUUCAGUGGGGUUAAGGUGGUGCCCAUUCCUGUGCUAUCAGAUAAUUACAGUUACCUGGUCAUUGACACUACAUCACGUCAAGGUGUGGCUGUGGACCCAUCUGACCCAGUGGCCGUUCAGGCCUGCUUGGAGAGGGAAGGGGUGACGCUUGAAGCGAUCCUUUGCACUCACAAACACUGGGACCACAGUGGAGGCAAUAAAGCUUUAAAAAGGUUGUACAAGUCUUGCCGUGUGUAUGGAAGCUCCUACGACGACAUUCCAGAAUUAACACACCCUCUGUCAGACAGGGAUCAGCUAGCAGUUGGCAGGUUGCAGUUCCAGGCGUUCUUCACCCCAGGACACACAAUCGGUCACAUGAUUUACUUAUUGGAUGGAAAAUCUGGUGAUGGACCCGACUGCCUCUUCUCUGGAGAUCUCCUUUUUCUUGCUGGGUGUGGUAGAAUGUUUGAAGGAUCAGCAGAAACCAUGCUUGCUUCACUGGACACUGUAGCCUCUCUAAGUGACAACACAUUGCUCUGGCCAGGCCACGAGUAUGCGGCAGACAACCUGACGUUUGCAGCUGCAGUGGAGCCUGAAAAUAAUGUUCGAGACAGGAAGCUGCAGUGGGUUUUACAACACAGACUUGCAAAGAAAUGCACGUGUCCAUCCACUCUUGGAGAAGAAAAAGAAUAUAACCCAUUCCUAAGGACACAUUGCCCAGACCUGCACCUGGUACUGGACCUCCAGAAAGCAGAUGAGGAAGAAUGGGGUCACUACCGUGCCAGAGUCCUGGAAGAAGUUCGUAGGAGGAAAGACCUCUUCAAAGGAAGAUAGUCCUCUCCAGUAUAGGAUGAGAAAAUCCACCUCAUUGACAUUAGUAUUUAUCACUCUUAUCUUUCCAACGUCCAUUUUAUUCUGAAAUCUAGACAGAGGAUGAAGAACCAUUCAUCUUUAUAGUAGCCUCUUACCAUAUUUCCAAAAUUCAUAUGCUGCUUAAAAUGUUCUGGAUUGUCCUGCAGUGGGCUUAAAAUGAGCAGUCAAGAAUAAUAUGGAUGUAUAUUGGUGAAAGCAUAACUAAAAUGCAUGCACAAAACUGAGUUUUCUUUCAACGUGUUAAUAUUAUGGAAUAUCAAGAUAGUGCUGAUGGUUUUUAUUUGGAUUUCUGUCCCUUGUUACCUAAUUUUAUAAUCCACAUAGUUGGUAUUAAAGAAACAUGGCUUUUUGAACAUCUUAUACUGAAUGGAGAUGUUAACAAGCCAAGUGACCUCUUACAGAAUAGUUGUGGAUAGGUUUAUUAAGCAAAUCAUUUCUAAACCAACAGCAAAAAGCAUUUGAUUCAGUAGUUAAUAUAUGGAAUGCCGCUGAAUAUUUAUUUUACUACUUUCAAAAGUUUUUAUGACAGUUUUGGAAAAACUGUGUGGCUAUGGUUUGUGAAUUAUUUUAAAAGAAACAUUCAUUAGAGAUGAAUCUGAAUAUACAGUUUACUAAAGUUUUUUUUUUUUUUUUGUACAGUUGUCUAAGUAUUUUAAAUCUCAGAGGGUGUUCUGUAUACUUUUAGCUGGAUCGGAGUCAAGUAAAUAGGCCUAUCAUAGUAUUGCGUGAUAGAAAAAUAAAAAAAUAUAUUUUAUGAGCAUGGGGGGAAAAAAAAUUGCUUCCAAAUUUGAAUCUCCAGAGUUCUGAAAAACACAUCAGCUUGAACCUUGAUUUACUGCAGAUGUCCGGAUAUGGGUCCAUAUUUGUGUGUGUGUGUAUAUACUUAUAUGUGUGUGUGAGCAAAAUAAAUAAAAAUUGAUUAUAUAGUUUGUAUAUGUGUAUAGCAAGUGUACAAUGUGUUACUUUGGUACUGGAGUUACUGUACACUCUAUAGUAGUAAGACUGACAAAUUACAUUGCAAUCACCUACAUUUUAAGACAUUGGCAAGUUUCCUUUAGUGCAAGAAGCAUUUGCCAUUAUUUGGACCAUAGCACUAGAUCUGAAUUGAGUACAUUUUUUAGAGAAGACAUUGCAUCCAUGCACACCAGUAUGGGUAUAUACAGUGGCACAAUGAGCUGUAUUCAAGUCUUCCCCUUGUCAAGAUAUCUUGUGCAAUAAGGCUUAGCUUGCAAACAUCUGUUCACAUGUUGCUAGUAGUUUAUAUGUAGUAUAUAUAAGUAGUCUUGAGCAAAUCAGCAUGCGGAUAUAGAGGGAGUGAGUUCUGCUUUUGGGUUAGGAAACAAUUACUGACCACAAGGACGGCCUGUACAGGACAGUCUAUUUAAAGUUUUUUGCAACCAUCUUAUAAAUGUAUACUGCUUAUUUCUAAUGUUGCAUAAAUGGCUUUUUUAGCAGAAGUUGCAGAGAUAAAAAAAUAUAAAUCCAAUCAAUUAAAAAGACAGGUUCUAAUCCGUUAGAGCAUGUAUUUUUAAAACUAUUGACCCUAGACUACUAUGUGUUUAACCCCCACAAAGGGAUACACACAGUUGAAAUACCGCUCAGACUCAGAGAGCUUUGCUGGUCCCAGGGGGAAAUGCAGCUGAUCCAAUCAGCAGCACUAGUCGCACUACUCAGAUGUGGAACCAUCAAUGCUGAUUGGAUCAGCUGCAUUUUAUGUUCUGAACCAGCAGUGCUUUCACCUGUGUGUUUAACCCCUUUGCAGUGGUUAAACACACAGUAGUACAGGGUCAAUAGUCUUUAAAUUGCAUGCUUUAACAGAUUAGAGCAUGUCAUUUUUUUUACUGAAAAGGCCGUUUAAUUGAUGUAACAUUUUAUUUAUUAUAUUACACACCACAACGGGUAAGUAGGUACAUGUACGGGACUCUUAAACCCUCUAUAAACUGGAGCAGCACGUAGAUACUAUUCUGAAUAUAGAUAAGACACUAAUUAGCAUUCAAUAUCUUAACUAUUUCCUAAUUAUUCUGGGAAUAACAUUGUGAUAGUAAUUUUUUUAUUACACUGAUAUGCAGUGGAAUUUGUGUGUCACAAAGUACUUAAUAGGACAUAAUAGGAAAACCCUUCUCUAGCUGCAAGAUUAAAAAAGAUACACCAAGCGAAUGAAAGUGUAUUCUGUCACAAUACUCAUCCAUACAGGUCAUGUCAUCUGCAUAGUUUGCUGGCUGUUCCAAAAGAAAUUCAGCUAAUCCAUGGGGCCAAUAGUUGUGUAUGGACAGAUAUUUGAUUUACAGAAUAACUUCAGGUGAAAAUUAUAUGAAAUUAUAUAUUUGUGUGAAACUAAUUUUGUACUGUUCGUAUUGUUGCAUAUGCAAAUGUGUAGGUUUGUGUAAACUUCUUGUGUAGGGGAAAAAAAAACUAUAAAUGUUUGUGAAAACCAUAUGAAAGUUUAGAAUUGGUCACUUAUCUUUAUUUUUUUUAGGAACAACAAUAUUGUAUGUAUGCAUAAAGGAAAUAUUUGAAACUGCACUUUUAUGCUACAGUUAUCGAUAACUGUUUCGUGGGGGUUCUAAUUAUCAGUGCUAUAAAAUACAUGUAGAUCAUUUUUGUGUCACUAUUUUGGCUCUUUAUUGCAUAUAAUGGAGUUCCCCAUCAAGUACUUUUGUUGUGUGUUUUGGCACACGUUUGUGUGGGGAAGACACUGAUACUGUUGUGAUUUUCAGACUACAUGGCCUGCAACAAAAAGUAUCUGGGGAAGUGUUAGACAUGACUACAUACACAUGUAAUUUGUAUUUCAGCUGUAACGCUUGAGUUUGAAUAGAGGAUUUCUGUAUUUAAUGCAUUUCUUAUGUGUAUUAGCCAAUAUGCUAAAUUUUGAUUAGUACUGUAAUUAAAAAAUGAUUAGUGGUUGCUAAAGGGUUAAACACUCAAGUAAAAGCAGGUACUGUAUAUGAUCUGCUCCCGCGCUCACACAAGGACACAGGCACAGAGAGUGUCUGCAAAACCGCCCACUGCUACUGCUGGCUAAUCAGUCUGGGUGCCUUUUCAAGGGGCAAAAUGUGAGAAGACCUCUUUAGUAGGAGGCAGGUUGCCUAAAUAUAUUCUGUCCAAAAGAAAUUGCGCUGUUUAUUUUUACUAUGAUGGAGCUUUAGCUUCAGUUUCAGAAACUUUUGUUUAAAGUACAGAAUCAUAUGUUUUUAUGUGCAUUUAUUAAGACCAAGAAAACAGCAACUUAAUAGAAACGAUCCACAAUGAAUGGCAUAGGAGAUUUAAUCAAGUAAUGAAUAAUGGGAAAUUAGUUUGUCUUUUAUGGUUCACAAGGUCUUAAAGGGACAUAAAGCCUAGCAUUUAACAUGUUUGUUUAUGGAGAUAAAAAAUAAACUGCAGUGCAUUUUGCCUGUUUUACCUGUAAUUUAAAUUUGAAAAGAAUGCUGGGGUGUAUUCUGCGGAUUUCAGAACACUGACUCACCCACCCUCUGCACAGCAAUUACUUGAUAUAUGGAAAACCUUUUUUAUAUAUGUCCCUAAAUAGCAACAGAGAUUGAGAUAAUAUAAAUGCCACUCUAAAUGCUUCUUGAGUCCAUGGAAAGAAAAUUAGUUUUAAAUGUUUUUUCAGGGCAGUGCUUAGUUUCUGCUGCAUAUGUACAAAUGGCUUUAAUGUCCCUUUAACCUAUAUGCCCUUAAAUGUGGACACAGUAACAUCAAUGCACUGCUUUUCCUAAAUCACAGGCUUCUUAUCUACAAGAAAAUCAAGUGUGUGUGUGUUUUUCUGGGAAGCAUUACAACCAUGUUAUUUAUUAAUGCUAGACAAUGCAUAUUGAUGGGUAACCACGUUUUAGAAACAAACCCGUUUCACAAUGAUUUGAGCUAGGUUUAGAAACUUGAUUACAAAGCACAUCAUCACACACAGGCAAGUAUGGUCAUGCAGCCACUAGUCACUCAGUGCCAAUCGUAUAGGGAAAAAUAGUGCUAAGCAAAAUCAGACAAACCAGGUGAAAAGCUGGGCGUUCUAGAAUCUGCCAGUAUUAAUAGGAACUGCAAAUGUAUUGCAUAUAGUGCUUAAUAACGUAAUAGUUCAUGCAUCAGAACACUUCAGCUCUGGUGUUUUAAGGACGUGUAAGCAAGACAAUGUUUCAUCUAAAAGAGAAUAUUUUAAAACUUUAUAGUUUGUAUUUGUUUGAAAAAUGGAUGUUCCUAUCGUUACAUUAAUAAAAUAUUUUUUGCACUCGCA